CACGACGAGCUCUUCCGCGACCGCCGCAACCGCACCUUCUGCUUCGAGAGCUACCCCAUGGAGGCCUGGCUGGCCUGGCUCAACCUGUACCAGUCAGUGCUGGGCUUCCUGGUGCCCUGGGCCGUGAUGCUGCUGUGCUACCGCGGCAUCCUGCGGGCUGUGGGCGCCAACGUGGCCACGGAGCAGCAGGAGAAGGCCAAGAUCCGGCGCCUGGCGCGCAGCCUGGUGCUCAUCGCGCUGGUCUGCUUCGCACCCUACCACGCCGCGCUGCUGGGCCGCAGCGCCAUGUCCCUGGGCCGGCCCUGCGACUGCGGCUUCGAGGAGCGCGUCUUCGCCGCCUACCACGGCGCCCUGGCCGUCACCAGCCUCAACUGCCUGGCCGAACCCCUGCUCUACUGGUUGCCCGAGGCCCACACGGCCGGUGCAGAGCAGGGUGUGCUCACGCGGUUGAAAGCCAAGCAGGGAGUGUGA